GCCGCACGAUUGCUGAGAAGACGAUCUCAAAUCCUUACAAGUGGUUCCACGACAUCACCACUUCGGGGGCUUGGCUCGCCGACGAUAUAACACAUCGACUUGAGCAUGGAUUUGCUACGAGAUCGUGCUGAAAGACAUCCAAAAUCGUUCAACAUUUCUGGCAGACUCAUAUUGAACACCGAGCUCAUCCGUGCCGUUGACAUUGAGUACCACUCGUUUCAGGCUAUGGGUAGCGAGUACAUGGUGCCGGAAUAUAUGAUGGAAUGGGUCGUAGGGAUGUGACCGAGUGUCGGUGGAAAGCCAUGGGAUGGCUGUACGCAUAUGUACAUACCAGUAUGUGUGAAUCAUCACUACAUUGCAGUGAAAAUCGUAUUCGCCGACUCCACGAUGUAUGUGUUCGACCUCGAUCAUUCAUGCCUGACACAAGGCCAGCUCGAGCAAAAUCUAGAGUCGGUGUUUGUGAUCGUUCCCAUGAUGGCUAGACAAGUGAACAUCAUUGUACAUGACAGAUUCGCCACCAUGCGGAACACGACGACGGCGAGGCAGCAAAUAUCUACAUAGAAUUUUUUAGUAUGGCACAUAAGGUUGAGGCAAUCAACCAGGCUUCCAUUUUUCUCACCAUAUAAAGGAGCUUAUAAUUUAUAAAAAAAGUUGAAUUUUUCUUGUUUUACAUUCUAUCACUAUUCCUCUGGAUUGAACGUAUGGAGUUAUCAUCAGAAGUAGUUAACUUUGGAAAGUCUCUAUUAGUUCCUAGUGUCCAAGAGCUGGCCAAAGAGCCUAUUGUCAAGAUCCCAAUACGAUAUGUGCGCCAUGACCAAGACCCUCGAUCCAAUGACAUUCACAUGUCAUCAGUACCAGUUGUCAAUCUCCAGAGCUUACUUAUAGGAGAAUCCCUGAAUUAUGAGCUGGAAAAGCUUCAUUCCGCUUGCAAAGACUGGGGCUUUUUUCAGAUUAUAGACCAUGGAGUUUCUCCUUCGUUGCUAGAGGAAUUUAAAAGGCAAGUUACAGACUUCUUUAACCUUCCAAUGGAAGACAAAAAGACUCUAUGGCAACAACCAGACAACCAAGAGGGAUUUGGGCAGCUCUUUGUUAUAUCUGAGGAGCAGAAGUUGGAUUGGUCAGACAUGUUCUACAUAACAACUCUACCCGUCAAUCAAAGGAAGAUUGAAUUGUUUGAAAAGUUACCUACAAAACUAAGGGAAACUAUGGAGGCGUACUCGGAAGAACUGAAAAAGCUAGCCGCGACUUUAUUAAGUCAAAUGGCUAAGGCUCUAAAGAUGGACGAUAAUGAGAUCAAUGAACUAUUUAGAGAUGGUGUACAAUCAAUGCGGAUGAAUUUCUAUCCUCCUUGCCCUGAGCCUGAUAAUGCCAUUGGCUUCAGUCCUCACUCGGAUGCAGUUGCUCUAACAAUUUUGUUUCAGCUCAAUGAAACCGAGGGCCUUCAGAUUCGAAAAGAUGGGAAAUGGGUGCCAGUUAAACCACUUCAAAAUGCUUUUGUGGUUAAUGUUGGUGACAUAAUGGAGAUUGUGAGUAAUGGUGUUUAUCGGAGCAUUGAGCAUAGAGCAACACUGAACUCGGACAGUAAGAGGCUCUCUGUUGCCACAUUUUAUAGCUCCAACCUCAACUCGGAGUUGGGCCCUGCACGCAGCCUUGUUGGACCGAAGAAUCCACCAGUUUUUCGGCGAAUGCCAAUUGAGGAGUACUUCAAGAAUUUCUUCGCCCGGAAACUCAAUGGCAAGUCUUAUAUUGAUUUUAUGAAGUUGGAAGUUAGAGAAAACGACAGUACACAGAUUGAUUACUAAGAGGAUGAAACUCAGUUCUUGUUCUAGCUACUUCCACGGGAUUGAACCUAUUACUUAUGUAAACAUAGUUUUUAGGAAAAUGUUUGUGAAUCGUUUGACUUCCGAUCAAAAUGUUGUUUGACUUUUACUACAACUGCACUUUCCUCACAAUUAAUUCAAAUUAAUUACGAUCCAGCUGGAAAGGAGAUAAUUAAUUA